AUGUCGGCAAUUAGCUACAGCAAAUGGGAUCACAUCGAGAUUUCCGAUGACGAAGACGACACUCACCCGAAUAUUGAUACUCCCAGCCUUUUCCGUUGGCGUCACCAGGCCAGACUCGAAAGAGACACUGCCUGGAAAAAGGAGAAAGAAGAGUUUGAGAAGGAUCUGAAAGCUCACCUUAAAGCCUAUCAGUCUGCUCGAGAGGAGUACGAAGCAGCUGCCAAAGCCAAAGCACCUAACCUGAAAGAACUUGAGGAGAAGUUAAAUAAACUAAAAGUGGAAGAUGCAAAAUGGCAAGAGAGGCAAAAAGAAAUGGCAAAAAAAGAAAGGUUGAGGCCUCUGAACAUUGACACCAUUUGUAAGGAAGGGAAGUCGAAAACGAUCAUCAACGCUGCCGCUCUACAGCACGAAGAGAAGAAUGAGGAGGAUGCGGCUGAUCGUCUUAAGUCCUUUGUAGAAAAACAUGACAAGGAAAUUAAGAAGUUGGGCAUGUUUCGGAAACCUGUUGAUACUCAAAAGUAUCUUAUUGAGAACCCAAAUCUGGUCUGUGAGGAAACAGCCAACCAACUGGUUCUUUGGUGCCUUGACCUCGCCAUGGAGGAGAAAUUCGAACUAAUGGACCACGUCUCCCAUCAGUGUAUUGUCAUGCAAUUCAUGCUUGAGCUAGCCAAAUCUUUGAAAUGUGAUCCACGAUCUUGCAUUCGACCAUUUUUCGCCAAGUAA